UAAUAAGGGAUUGAAAAUCACGCUCUAACAAUAACGGUGGUUGGUAAGGGAAGGUCAAAAACAACAAAAAGGAUAAAAUUCUCCGCCAUAAUCAACUACUCCACUAGUACAGACAGCAGCCAUACUUAACCAACGGCUUCCAGUCUCCUUCUGACUCUCAACCAUCCGAUCUCUGUAUAAUUAGGUACAGAUUCGUAUCUCAGGAGUCAGGACUAACGGAAAACGGGAAGAGAGAUGGAGGUGAGAGCUAGAGCCCCAGGGAAAAUCAUAGUGGCUGGAGAACAUGCUGUGGUUCACGGAUCAGCUGCCGUCGCUGCCUCUAUCGAUCUCUAUACUUACGUCUCCCUUCGCUUUCCUACUCCUGCUGAUAAUGACGAAACACUAAGCCUCCAGCUUAAGGAUGUGUCCUUAGAAUUUUCCUGGCCAAUUGCAAGAAUUAAAGAGGCUUUUCCAAACUUGGAAAAUCCGAUUCCACCUUCCUCAUGCUCGCUGGAGACUCUUAAAUUAAUUGCUUCUUUAGUCGAUGAGCAGAACAUUCCUGAGGCAAAUAUAGGUCUCGCUGCUGGUGUCACAGCUUUUCUUUGGCUGUUCACCUCAAUCCAUGGAUGCAAACCAGCUAAAGCAGUUGUCAAUUCUGAGCUUCCAUUGGGAUCAGGCUUGGGUUCGUCCGCAGCUUUUUGUGUUGCACUCUCCGCAGCCAUUCUUGCUUUGUCAGAUUCAGUCACUAUGGAUUUCAGCCACCAAGGGUGGCAAGUAUUUGGAGAGAAUGAGCUGGAAUUGGUGAAUAAAUGGGCUUUCGAAGGCGAGAAAAUAAUUCAUGGGAAGCCAUCUGGUAUUGACAACACAGUGAGCACAUAUGGAAACAUGAUCAAGUUUAAGUCAGGCGAUUUGACACGCCUCAAAACAAACAUGCCACUUAAAAUGUUGAUCACUAACACAAAGGUUGGGAGAAAUACAAAGGCAUUGGUGGCUAGCGUCUCCGAGAGGACCUUGAGGCAUCCGACUGCAAUGGCUUCUGUGUUUACUGCAGUGGAUUCUAUCAGUAAUGAGGUGGCUGCAAUUAUUCAAUCACCUGUCUCUGAUGAUCUUGCCAUAACUGAGAAAGAAGAAAAACUGGCAGAGUUGAUGGAGAUGAACCAAGGAUUGCUUCAGUGCAUGGGUGUUAGCCAUGCUUCCAUAGAAACUAUUCUUCGAACAACUCUAAAGUACAAACUGUCUACCAAGUUAACUGGAGCUGGUGGUGGAGGCUGUGUUUUGACAUUACUACCAACCCUUCUAUCAGGAACAGUCGUUGAUAAAGUGAUAGCUGAUUUAGAAACAUGCGGAUUCCAAUGCCUGCUUGCUGGAAUUGGUGGAAAUGGCGUAGAAUUUUCAUAUAGCGGCAUUCCUGAUAUAGGAGACAACGGAGGCAAUUUGUCAUGAGAUCUAUCUCUGCACUCUUGAAUGUGGACAUGGAGGUGCGCUUCGCAAUCUAAAGAAACUCAGAUCCCCGCCAUCAACUUGUUUUAUAGUUCAGGUCUUUGAUUAAAAACUUGCAAUAAUUAUAGAGACAAAUUUCAUUUAGUUUUCUUUUUAUUUCUUCUCGACAAAAAUAUAAAUGGCAAUUGGAAAAUUCCCCGUUUUGAUAAUUGGAAGCACACGUUAAUUAAUUUUACUUCCAAAGUUACUCUUGUUGGUU